AUGUACAAUGAAACAUGUCAAUGUAGUGUAAUGUCGACAUGCAUAGAGCAAGCCGGAAUUUAUGAUACAUCAACUGGUCAAAUUCAAUUUCUAGUGCCUGGUUUUCUAUCAGGAUGUUAUAUAAUUGAAGCAUUAUUACAAUCAUCACUUGUUUGUUUGUAUGAUCAAACAUGUUUAGGUCAGUUAUCCUACAUCGAUGGAGGACAAUGGACGAAACAAUUGAACGUUAGUUACCCAAGUAGAUAUUCACCAGACACACUUAUUCAAAAGAUAAUUGAUUCAUUGAUGAUUGAGCAAUUGAACACAAUCACAUCAUAUGAAAGCUAUUAUCAAGAAUGUCAGCCCACUUGUUAUAUUAAUUUUCCACAAAAUACGUCGAAUACAUCAUCAAUGAUGGUACAACAGCUCAUGGAUGAUAAUCUUACGUUUGUAGCUAUUAUUCUUGGACUAGCUGCAGCAAUUUCGAUUAUCUUAAAAAUAUUAAUUCUAUGUUUGGUUAAUCUGUUCAUUUGUACUGAUAAAAAUGGAAUUAAUAUUGUUCCAGUUCAACAAGUGGACAUUGUCAUGAAUACUGUUAGGCAACAACAAAUUGAAAUUAAUAACUUAAAAGAGUAUGUUAGAAGCAAGCAAUAUUGA